UCUUCCUUUAUUUUAUUUAAAAUAACACUUGAGUAACAUAUUAUUUAACCAGUUUUAUGUUGUACAGUUUUGCAACAUUCAUCACACAGAUGAGGUCAAUGAUGAAUUGAGAUACAGUCGGUUUGCUUCUCGGAUGGAUGAGCAACUUGCUCUGUAUCCACAUAUGAAGUUUAAUGAGAUUGAUAUGGUCUUCUUCCCCAUAAAUGCGUUUGAGCAUUUCUACAUUGUAUGCUAUGGGCUAAAGAAUCCAAGUAUGGAGCUGAUUGACAAUAGCAAAAACUGCCCAGACUACAAGGAAAAAUACCAAGGUCGUCCUGAGGGUUUGCACCAGAAUUUUGUGAGAUAUUUGGCAGACAAAAAACAUCACAAGGCGAGUGAAAUAAAUACAUUAACGCCUGACAGACUUGAGAUGGAGUGGAGAACGGCCGAAAACAAAUUUGAUUGUGCUAUUUUUGUCAUGAGACAUAUGGAGACCUACAUGGGCGGUGGUACAGCAAAUUGGAACUCUGGUUUUCAUAGAGAGGGUGAGCGAUUAAAAAAUCAGCUACAUAGACUGAGGUCUAUAUACUGUUGCCAAAUUCUUACUGAACCAACAAAUGAAUUGGCCAAAGAAGUCAUCAGGAAAGCCCAACUGCACCAUGCUGAAACUGCCAAAUUCAAAAAAGAGACGAAGAAGAUCACAAGAUCUCAAAGAAAAUGA